GCUGUUGCAUGCAGUACGGUCCCACUGGCCGACAACAAAAUAAAAAAAUCCAAUUUGCGAAACGAUUUUUAUUUCGAAUAUCCCGAAUAUGACGACACCUAGCUAAAAACAAGUGGUAGUAUUAUUAAUUAAACGCAUCGGCGAUCCAAAACGAAUCGAACGACAGAGCUUGGGAAGCGGAGAACGGCGAGGGAUAGCCCUGGAGAGGUGGAGGAGUGGAGGAGGAAGAGCUAUGACGAUGACCGCCUCGGACAAGUACACGUACCAGCGGACGGUGCUCUGCCUGGCCCGCGUUUUGGCCGGGAUACAGCCCACACCAUGGGAGAAGGUGCAGACCCUAUUCCGAUAUUGCCCGCAGGAGAAUGCGGCCGGAGUCUUUUGCCUGGACACUAGGGCGCAGGAUGCAGUGAUAGCCCUGGGCAUAUACUUCCUGGAAGGUGGCUGCCAGCACGAGGGACAGAUCGUGCCCUAUCUGCUCCGCCUGGCCAAGUGUUUGCCCAAGGCGGUCUGGAUCGAUGAUGCCCGGAGCAGCAAGAUCGAACGAGUUCGGAUUCCCUCGGCGGAGAAGUUCAGCUUCUGCCUGAACACCCUGCUGUCGGAUAUCGCAGCGAAAUGCCCGGAAUCCCGCGAGGAGAUCAUCCUGAACCAGGUGGAGACGUUGGGCGCCCUGGCCAAUAUUGUGAAAUCUAGUCGGGACAGCAGCUCGGCUCCACCGCCGAUCAUCCUGUGCAAGGCGACGGUGCCGCUGCUCUUCGGUUUGGCCCGCUCCAUGGGCCGCUAUGCCGGCAACGAUCCGCCGCUGCUGUGCCGCAUAUUCCCGCCGGAACUGCUGCCCAUCCAACGUGGCAGCAGUCGAGACGGUUCUGGGUCGAGUAGCAGUGCCAGUGGCACCUGUGGCGGCUCCUUCAGCAGCAGCGAGCGCCUGGCCACGCACCAGUUUCGACCGAUCAUACCGCGCUCCAUGUCCGGCAGCCUGGCCCAGGCCCAGAACGUAGAUGAUCCGAGGUUGCGGUAUCCCAGCAAGCACAAGCCCUCGCUGCAUAGCUACUUCUCCGUGCCGUACGAUCCGCGGACCCAUUUCUUCACCCGCUACGGCUCCAGCUUCAACCAGUUCCCGAACAUGCGUGUUUGCGAAUCACCGACGAAGGGCGGCCCACGUCCCCUGUACCGUGUGCCGCCGUUUCCCAUCCAACACCUGCAGACGAUAUUCGCCGUUUCGAAGAAGCUCCUCACCAAGGACACGCUGGAGCACCUGGACGAGCAGGCCAGCGACAUCUUCUCGCUGCACCAGAUCAAGGGCUACUGCUACAAGAGUUUCUCGGAAACGCUGAACCUCGUCUUGGUCACCCUGCUGCGAGAGCUGUUGCAGCACCAAGUGGACCUGCCCACGCCCUUCACCAAGGAUGUGCAGGAGUUUGUGAAGCGUCUGUUCCUCAACGGGCAGACGGAGCUGCAGAACAAGCAGCAGGAUCAGGAGCGCGAACGGCGGGAGGAGAACGGCAUCGCUGUGGUGAACAAGUACAAGGUCAACGUGAUGGCGAAUGCGGCCUGUGUGGACCUCCUCGUUUGGGCCAUACGGGAUGAGACGGAGGCGGACAAGCUGUGCGGACGACUGUCACAGAAGCUCAACCUGGUGCUGAGCCACAAGAUCGUGAUGGAUCACAUGCCGCUGCUGAUGGUCUGCCUGGAGGGACUGGGCAAGCUGGCCCAGAAGUUUCCCAACAUAGCCGGCACCUCGAUCUCGUACCUGCGCGACUUCCUCGUCGAUCCCAGUCCCAUACUCGGCAAGCUGCACGCCCACGCCAUGCAAACGCUCGCCCAGCAGAAGAAGGAGAAGGAGCUGACCCCAUUCAAGAUCGUGGUCCAGCACUCGGAUUCGCGAGCCGUGGUGGACAUCUUCGGGGAGAACCAGAAGCUGCCGUCGACGGGCCGAAGUGGUCAGGCGGCCUUCGAGGCACUGCGGGAUGCCGCCAUUGAGAAUCUAUCGAUUGCCCUGAGGGCAGCCCACACCCUGGAUCAGUUCUGUGUCCCGGCACUGGUGGCCAAUGUAUCCAAUCGUCUGUUUACGGCUGAAAAGUCCGAGAGCGAAUCGAACCUGGUCAGCCUGAACAUCAUCGUGAUGCUGGGCCAUGUGGCUGUGGCGCUGAAGGACACCUCCAAGACCACCCAGAACAUCCUGCAGUUCUUCAUUCAGCGCUUCUGCAAAGUACCCUCGGAACAGAACGCCUUGAUCGUGGACCAGCUCGGCUGCAUGAUCAUCUCGCAGUGCGAGACCCAUGUCUUUGACGAGAUCAUGAAGAUGUUCUCGCGCGUCACCGUGCAGUCGGCCUCGUUGGCCUACACCUCCGAUCCGGAGCACCGAAAGCAAUUCCAUCAUGUCUCGGAUGCGGUGGUGAAUGCCCUGGGCAAUAUCGCUGCCAACAUACAGGGGGAUUCGGAGAUGCUGGAAUUGCUGGGUAAGCUGCUGGAGCUGUUCGUACAGAUCGGUUUGGAUGGCGAGCGCAGCUACGACAAUACUCCGGGCGCCCAGAAGGCCAGCUCCCGGGCUGGUAAUCUGGGCAUGCUAAUACCGGUGAUUGCGGUACUGGUGCGCCGCCUCCCACCGAUCAAGAAUCCCCGCCAGCGGCUGCACAAGCUCUUCAAGGACUUUUGGGCCUAUUGCGUGGUGAUGGGCUUCACAAAUGCCCGCCUGUGGCCAGCGGAUUGGUACCAGGGUGUCCAGCAGAUCGCAGCCAAGUCGCCGCUGCUGAUCUCCCAGACGGCCCACAAGUCGGACAUGCGGGAGCUCAACUAUACGCUGGCCAUCAAAAGUGACUCGGUGAACGAGCUGCGCAGCCAGAUCCUCGUCCUGCUGGAGCACUCCACGGACAACGUGGCCACCGCCAUAAACAAGCUGACCUUCGCCCAGUGCACCUACCUCCUAAGCGUCUACUGGCUGGAGAUGCUGCGCGUGGAGAACGCGGACGAGCCUAGUCUGGAGCCCAUCAUGAGCUAUCUCUGCGACACGGCGCUCCAACGGGACAAGACCGGCAUCUGGCAGUGUGUCAAGUGUGUUGCCGAUCAGGUCUUUGAAAAGUUCCGGAACGUUCUGUACGCCCACGACGAGAUACGCGAGAAGGUGCUGGAGUCGCAGGCCACCCUACUGCUGGUCUACUUCAACCACAUCCACAAGCCCAUCCAGGUGGUGGCCGAUCAGUACUUGUCCUUCUUGGUGGAUCGCUUCCCGCACUUGUUGUGGAAUCGCCGCGUGCUCUGGUGCAUGCUCGACAUCCUCCAGCUGCUGGCCUACUCCCUCAGCCUGGAUCCCAACGAGGAGACGCCCACCUUGCGGGUGGUGUCCACGCCGUACACCCUACAGCUGAUGGACUCGCUGCCGGCGCGAGAGCUGCGCCUGAAGGACUUUGCCGACCGCUGCCAGGGCAUUGUGAACGAGGCGAUGAAGUGGGCGCCGCGCUCCACCAGGUCGCAUCUGCAGGAGUAUCCCAACCAGAUCCCCACGCCGGUGCUGGCGCAUCACAGCGGCCUGGCGCUGGCCUUCGAUUCGGUGGUGAGCAGUAGUGCCCUCCACCCGGGAACGCUGAGCAAGCGGCCCAGUUGCGUCAACUCGGAUACGCCGCGGUUCGUGUCGGUGCUGUGCCUGCGGAGCAAGUACGCCGGCGAGAUCAGCGGCCUGCUGUCGGUGCUGAGCGAGAAGGACAAGGCCGGGCUGGCGGAGCGACUGGUCAGCGAUGUGUGGGAGGCGUGUGCCGAGAAGAGUGACGCCCGACAUCGGGGCGCUCUGUGGCGGGCCACCGCCUACCUCAUUAUCUGCUCGGAGAUCGACCGGAAACUGCUCCACGCGGUGGCCAGCUCGCAGCUGGAGCUCUUCACCGAAUCGGCGAUGGAAACGGCCGUGGAGUGCUGGCAGUGGGUGCUGACGGCGCGACAGGAUCUGGAGCUGUGCUUCAUCCAGGAGAUGGUCAGCGCCUGGCAGACCACGUUCGAGAAGCGGAUGGGCCUGUUCGCCUGGGAGACGGAGGUCACCAAUCCCCUGGCCGCCUACGAGGGCUGCAAGCUGGUCAGCAAGCCGAUCCUGAUCACCCCGCACCUGAUCUGGCUGCAGCUCCUCUCCGAGAUGGUGGACACGGCCAAGUACUGCAACCGGGACAAGGUGGAGAUGUUCUGCCUCCUCCUCCACCGUUGCCUGCCCAUCCUGAAGAGCAGCAGGCAGAACCGACAGGUCUCCACCGUGGGCUGUCGCUUCAAGCUCCUCCAGUGCGGCCUGUCGCUGCUCCAGGGCAACACCAUACCCAAGUCCCUGGCCAGGAACAUCCUGCGGGAGCGCAUCUACUCCAACGCCCUGGACUACUUCUGCGGCCCGCCAACGUGCCCGAACCAGAGCCGGGAACAGCUCCUGGAGGACAUCCUGAUCCUGCUCAAGUUCUGGCAGACGAUGCGCAGCGAGAAGAAGCAUCUGGUGACCUCCGAGGUGGGCGACUAUGACCUGACGAACGCCUCGGUGAGCUCCACCCAAAUGCUGGCCGUUAAGACGAACCCGGAGACGGCCUCCCUGAUCAGUGGCGGUGGCAUUAUUACGGACUACACCCGGUCGAUGAGCGCCAGCGGCAAUGUGGUGGGCGUGGGCAUGGCCGGCGGUGGGAGCAGCAGCGGCUGGUACAACACCAUUCCCCACUCCACCUCCACCCUCUCCAAGCGAUCGAAUCGCUCCAAGCGGCUGCAGUACCAGAAGGACUCCUACGACAAGGACUACAUGAAGAAGCGCAACCUCAUCCUGGAGCUGCUGGCCGUGGAGCUGGAGUUCCUCAUCACCUGGUAUAAUCCCAACAGUCUGCCGGAUCUGGUAGUGCCGGGCGAGGAACAGAUCACGGAGUGGCGUAACCGGCCGUACAAGCCCAACGUUUGGCGGGACUACGCCCGCCUGGCCUGGUGCUACAAUCCCUCGCUGGCCGUUUUCCUGCCGCAGCGCAUCAAGAACGCCGAGAUCAUCGACGAGGAGGUGUCCCGCCUGGUCUGCUCCGAUCCCAUUGCCGUCUGUCACAUUCCCGAAGCGCUGAAGUACCUGUGCACCACCAAGAACCUGCUCCAGGAGAGCCCCGAUCUGGUCUACAUCCUCUCCUGGUCGCCGGUAACGCCCAUCCAGGCCCUGGCCUACUUUUCGCGUCAGUAUCCAUCGCAUCCGCUGACGGCGCAGUACGCGGUGAAGACCCUGUCCUCCUAUCCGGCGGAAUCGGUGCUGCCGUACAUCCCACAACUGGUGCAGGCCCUCCGGCACGACACCAUGGGCUAUGUGGUGGAGUUCAUCAAGAACAUCUCGCGCCGAUCACAGAUCGUGGCCCACCAACUGAUCUGGAACAUGCAGACGAACAUGUACAUGGACGAGGACCAGCAGCACCGCGAUCCCAACCUGUACGAGGCCCUGGACCAGCUGUCCCAAAGUAUUAUCGCCUCCUUCUCGGGGGCGGCCAAGAGGUUCUACGAGCGGGAGUUCGACUUCUUUGGCAAGAUCACGGCGGUAUCGGGCGAGAUACGCUCCUUCCCCAAGGGCAUUGAGCGGAAGAACGCCUGCCUGGCGGCACUGAGCCGGAUCAAGGUGCAAGGCGGUUGCUAUCUUCCCUCGAAUCCGGAGGCCAUGGUCCUGGACAUCGACUACAGCAGUGGCACGCCCAUGCAGAGUGCCGCCAAGGCGCCGUACUUGGCCCGUUUCCGGGUCUACAGGUGCGGCAUCAACGAGCUAGAGACGAGAGCCAUGGAGGUGUCCAAUAACCCGAACUCCCAGGAAGAUGCCAAGAUGACGCUGGGAGUGGAAUCGUGGCAGGCGGCCAUCUUCAAGGUGGGCGACGAUGUGCGACAGGAUAUGCUGGCCCUGCAGGUCAUCACCAUUUUCAAAAACAUCUUCCAGCAAGUGGGAUUGGAUCUGUUCCUGUUCCCCUACCGUGUGGUGGCCACCGCUCCCGGGUGCGGCGUCAUCGAGUGUGUGCCAAAUGCCAAGUCCCGCGACCAGCUGGGCCGGCAAACGGACAGCGGCUUGUCCGAGUAUUUCCAGCACCAGUACGGCGAUGAGAGCUCCAAGGAAUUCCAAGCGGCCCGGGCCAACUUUGUCAAGUCGAUGGCCGCCUACUCGCUGAUUGGAUAUCUGCUCCAGAUCAAGGAUCGUCACAACGGCAACAUUAUGAUCGACAAGGAUGGCCACAUCAUACACAUAGAUUUCGGCUUCAUGUUCGAGUCAUCGCCGGGCGGUAAUAUCGGCUUCGAGCCGGACAUGAAGCUCACCGACGAAAUGGUGAUGAUCAUGGGCGGCAAAAUGGACUCGCCGGCCUUCAAAUGGUUCUGUGAACUGUGCGUCCAGGCCUUCCUGGCGGUGCGACCCUAUCAAGAUGCUAUUGUCUCUUUAGUAUCCUUGAUGCUCGACACGGGAUUACCCUGUUUCCGGGGUCAGACGAUCAAUUUGCUGAAACAGCGAUUUGUGGCAACCAAAAAUAAUAAGGAAGCGGCCGCCCAUAUGCUGGCUGUUAUCCGGAACUCGUAUCAGAACUUCCGCACGCGUACCUACGAUAUGAUCCAGUACUACCAGAAUCAGAUACCCUACUAAACUUCCUAACUAAAUACAGAAACCAGAAAACCAGACACAGAAACAGAUACAGGCGCCUCUUGUUCGUUGUUGUUGGCCAAAAAAAAAAAGAAACACCAAGAUCCAAAACUUCAGACAUUAUAUAUAUAUAUAUCCUUCCCGCUACCCUAACCGUAUUAUUGUUUUCAACUAUCCUUUGUCGGUAUUUAUCAGUGUGUGUUUUUUCAUCGUUUGUUUUUUUCGUACUUAUAAGAUGUUGAACUUUUUCCAAGAUUUUACGACGCAUACAUACGUUAUAAAAUAUUUAUAAAUAUUAAAUGAAUUAUAGGGCAAUAUGUUAUACCAAGGUAAAA